AUGAAUUCGCAUAACGAUCCGGUCAGCGAGCACGGUAAACGCCGUGUGGCGUAUUACUAUGACUCCAAUAUUGGAAACUACUACUAUGGCCAAGGACAUGUAAUGAAACCACACAGGAUAAGAAUGACUCAUCAUCUCUUACUAAACUAUGGAAUUUACAGACAUCUUGAAGUGUAUCGACCUUUUCCGGCAACAUUCGAAGAAAUGACACGAUUUCACAGCGAAGAGUAUAUGAGUUUCCUCAAAUGUGCCAGUCCGGACAAUUUGAAAAUGUAUAAUAAGCAAAUGCUAAAAUUUAACGUUGGUGAAGAUUGUCCGCUAUUCGAUGGCCUGUAUGAGUUUUGUCAGUUGAGCAGUGGUGGUUCAUUAGCCGCUGCUGUCAAACUGAACAAAAGGAAAGCGGACAUUGCGAUAAACUGGAUGGGUGGUCUUCAUCAUGCGAAGAAGAGCGAGGCUAGUGGAUUUUGUUAUACAAAUGACAUUGUACUCGGGAUAUUGGAGUUACUAAAAUAUCACAAAAGGGUUCUCUACGUUGACAUCGAUGUUCAUCAUGGAGAUGGUGUCGAAGAGGCGUUUUAUACUACUGAUCGUGUGAUGACUGUCUCGUUUCACAAAUAUGGUGACUUCUUUCCGGGGACCGGUGAUUUGAAGGAUAUCGGAGCUGGUAAGGGGCGACUUUACUCCUUAAAUGUACCACUGAAGGAUGGAAUUACUGAUGAUGCUUACCAAAGCAUAUUCAAACCAGUGAUGACAAAAGUAAUGGAGCGAUUUCAACCAUGUGCUGUUGUGUUGCAGUGUGGGGCUGACUCUCUGAAUGGAGAUCGUCUUGAUUUUGCGUUAAACAUCUUCAUUUUGGGUCAUGGUGAAUGCGUGAAAUUCUUUCGAGCUCAAAAUAUCCCACUAAUGAUGGUCGGAGGUGGUGGAUACACUCCACGUAAUGUAGCACGUUGCUGGACUUAUGAAACGACACUGGCCGUUGAACGCGAGGUACCUAAUGAGCUACCGUAUAACGAUUAUUUCGAGUAUUUUGGUCCAAACUAUCGCCUUCACAUUGAACCGUCAAGUGCCACAAACGAAAAUUCACCGGAAUCAUUACGAAGAAUCCAAGAGGCGGUGAUUCAAAAUCUGGAAAAACUUGCAUUCGUUCCUAGCGUUCAAAUGCAGCCUGUACCUGAAGAUGCUCUCAAGACAUUAAGUGACAGCAGUUUGGGUCAGGAUAUGGCAGAUCCAGAUGUUCGCUUACACCGUUCGAUAAUGGAUGUUGUUACACAAGACGCUGGCGAAUUCUAUGAUGGUGAAAACGAGAGUGAUGAUCGGCGAAACGAAAGUAAUGCUAAAAGAGCCGCUGAGGGGUUUGGUUAUCCCUGA